AUGAAUGCCGAGAUAGACCUGAAUCUUCCUCCACUCUAUGAUGAUCAUGAGCUGGACCCAGUCUGCGUAUAUGAACAUGAACUACCUCCCGGUGUCGUCCUACCGGUGCAGCCUAUUCUUGUUCACUCCACACCAGAUAGCGAUCAUAUCAUAGCUCUUGAGACAGAAGUCGAAUCUAGAUUGGAGUCCAACCACAGCACAGCACUUUCUACUCCUAUUACUGGAGAUGAUAGUCCUAUUGCGGUCGAACAGUCACCGCAUUCUAACAACCAGGAAGAUCAAGAAGAAGGAAGAACAGGGGGGGAAGUCAAUUCUGAAACUUUAACAAAUCAAAUUUCAGGUCUGUCGAGCCCGCCAACCCCGGCAGCCCUCGAAUCUCCAAUGACGUCGCCUUCAUCAAUACCACUCGCCUCUCAUAGACUGAUCGACCAAACUAUGCUGAACUUGGCUCGAUUGCCUUCUCCACCUUCAUAUGAUGUUCCAAACCGAGUUAUUGAUCGCUCGCCACUUGGGAAUCCCGCUCGUCAUCACCAUCACCAUCAUUCUUAUUCUACCUCGGAUGUUCAUCAUUUUACAAUAUCGCCUAACAUCGCACCACAUAAUGGAACACAGCAGGAGGAUUAUUUUGGGCAUGUACGGAUGAGAGCCCAUACAAUCUCACACCCAGAGCCGGCUCAUCUGCCUGAAUUCAACCUACCAGCAGCGGUAACGACAACUACUCAACCGAGACAUCACCACCACGAAGAAGAUCUACCUGUUACACCACGAUAUUCAUUUGAGUUUCCUUCUCAUGUCCCCCACCAUAUCCAUAUCGAAGAACAUCAGCGAGCUAGAGCACAAUAUGCAAUGUGGGCUACCACAAAUACACCUUUAUCUUCAUCUUCGUCGUUACCAGUAGCUUCGCCUAAUGUUAUUCAUGAUGAUACAGGACUAAUACCACCACAUAUACCUCAAAUGCAUGGUCGUUCCUAUUCCCAGCCCUAUAACAACUACCAUUCGACUCAGAUUGAGUCGUCGUCGUCACCGUUCCGAAGUUCUUUAAACUCCACUCAUGGAGAGAGUAUUAAUGUUUCCCCUAUUAGACUGCGGGAACAAGGACAGACGCAGGGGCGCCUUGGAGUCAGAGCCAGAGCCAGAGCUUCAACCAUUGGUGAAUCAUCGAGGCUGUUGAUUCAGAGAAUGCAAGCACUGACGAAGAAACCAUUUUCAGUCUCGCGGAGUGCUGCCACUAGUGGGCAGAGUAGUCUCAAUGCGGAUCCUAUGGAUGAUCUAUUGUCGUCUGAAGCAACUACAUCAGUACCAACACUAGUGACAGCAGUAUCAGUGCCAGAAGUAUCAGUAUCGGUGCCAGAAGUAUCAGUAUCGAUGCCAGACGUAUCGGUAUCAGCAGCAGAAACUUUGGCUAGAGAGCCAGAGACAUGCAUUCUGCAGCAGGAGGAGGAUGAAGGAAGCGAUGGUAGCCCAACUGCCACAGUAGAAGCGGGGCAUGAGCAUGAAGAAUCAGGUUGUAUUAUAACGCCAGCAAUUCAGGUUUUUCAAUCUGAGACGCUGGAUCAUUCCUGUAGACAAACCAUCCUAGUACCAUCUGAUUCAUCAUCAUCUUCCUUGACGUCUGAAGUGCUUCCUAUUGGCUCCAUGUCAGCCAUCAUUACUGUCUCAUAG